UAUUCAUGAGAAUUUAACAGCUGUCACAUUUGUUGUCAUUUAUUUAAACGUGUCAUCGAUAUUCAUCCGGCUGAAAACACUAAUAUUAUGCAAAAGUAUUUUACGAACGUACUUACCCGCUAUGAAAAAAUCAGAGGGCGUGACAAAGAGGAGCUGGGUAGUCCUUUCUGGGAUGUUGUGGUUCUGACGGCAGCUGAUGAAGCUCAGAAAAAUGUGUAUGAGAAACAGCUAGAAUACAAGUACCAAAGACAUGAACUACCACUUGAAGUAGAAAUUCUGGUAGUAGCUGAUCCUACUGGCCCCAAAAUUGGAAAUGGAGGAUCAACUAUUGUAUCACUUGAGGCACUGUAUGAGAAGUUUGGUGAGAAACUGUUUGAGUACAGAGUGUUGCUCAUUCAUGCUGGAGGCCAGAGUCAAAGAAUGCCCAGUGCAAGUGUACUUGGGAAAAUUUUCUCCCCUAUACCAAGAGGAAAUCCAAUUUACCAAAUGCUGGACAUCAAAUUGGCUAUGUUUUGUCCACUCAUUUUGAAAAUGCCCAAAGGAGUGUUUGUAACAUGUGCAGAUGAUUUUCUAGUGUAUAAUUUAGGUGAAAAUCAUGAUGAUAUCAAGUUUUCAGAGACUGGAUUUACAGCUCUAGCCCACCCAUCAAGCCUUGCUGUUGGUACGGGUCAUGGUGUGUAUGUUAUUCAAGACAGUAAGAAAGUCAAACCAAAUGUCCCACUUCAGGUGUGUGAGUGCCUUGAAGUUUUACAGAAACCAAGCGAGGUUGUGAUGUAUAAGAAAGGAGCUGUGCUCAGGUCAAACAAUCUCAAAUUUGCCAACGGAAUUCAUGUUGAAGGUAAAGCUGCCUAUACAGACAGUUCAUUUUUCUUUGCCCAUGAUGUCAGCAAGAAGUUACUUGCAUUUGCAGAAGAGAAUGGACCCCUGUCUUGUGAAAUUGAUGCUUACGGAGAUUUUCUACAAGCGUUAGGUCCUAGAGCAACUUCUGAUUACAUCAACAAUACCUCAAAUGUAAGCACAGUAACACCAGGUCUGUAUGAAACACGGAAAAAAGUAUUCAAUCUUCUAAACAAGUCGAAUAUAACUCUCCUAGUUAUGAAUUGUUCCAAGUUUAUACACAUUGGCACAACAAAGGAGUACAUUGAAUACUUCUGCUGUGAUGAUACAUUUCAAGCAGAGAUGGGGCUUGAAAAAGAUGUUUUCAACUUGUGGACCAAGAAUGGCGGUCAGAAUCCACCAGCUGUCAGAUCUGGAUCAGGUGACACUUCCGACCAGCCAACACCACCUAAGUGCUUGAAGCUUUCAGAUACAAGCCUCGGUUGUGUGAUGCACAGCUACCUCCCAACAGAAUCUUGUGUAUCAGCUACAGCAGUCAUUGAGUUUUGCUCUUUCAGUGUUCCAGUUAAAGUUGGACAGUGUUGUAUUCUUAGUAGUUGUGAGUUUAAAGCAGAUAUCAGGGUCAAAGAUUUAGAAGGAAAAACUCCUUUCUUAGUAGAAUACAUGAAUACUGUGCAGACAUUAGAGUUCCCAAACAGUCUCUUUUUGCAUACAAUUCCAAUCAGAGAAGAGGGCCAGACUAAAUUUGUGACUGUCUUCUUUGAUAUAAAAGAUAAUUUGAAGAAAGAAGCACCUGCAGGUGAUGUCAAGCGACUGCCAUUCCUAGGAAAACUUGUGGAAGAUUAUACAGCUGUGACUGGUACAGAUCUUGCAUUAGUGGCUCCUGACAACGUUGACACUAAAGUUAAUCUCUGGUACACGAAUCUGUUCCCUGUAACAGAUGAUGCUAGUGAAUCUCUUCUCUUGGCAUUAAAAUGUGUGAAUGCAGUAAAAACUGAUAAAACUGGAGCAAUAACCUUGACCUCAGUUAGAUUGGUUUCCAUGGCAACAGUACUAAAGGAAAAAGAUUUAGAGGCAAUGCUUAAUAGGAGGAAUGUACUGUACAAUACCAUCAAAUGUGAUAGAAAUGUUAGUCCUCAAUAUUGAUAAAAAUGUGAUUUAUGAUAUUUUGUUACAAUGCAAACCAUGGUUUGAUGCAUGUAUUGUGGUAAAAAAGAAACAGCUGAUAGUUUAUACUACAUAUAUUAUACCCUAUUUGUCACUAGUUAGCUGCCAAUGUAAAGUUCAGUGUAUUCUUAAUGUCUUCAUUUCUGUUCAAUAAUUGGUCUAUUUUUAGCAAAAAAAAUAUACCGGUUUACUGUCAAUGCACCAACACCAUUUUACAUUUUACCAUUCGAGACCAUUUCAUGAAUUUGCUAGCUCUGCAUAUCUAAUAGAGUGGGAUUAGUUGAUUGUUUUUUUUUUUUGAAAAAAUUCAUUUAACUUCUGAAAAGGGCAGAUUGUUUUUUGUCUAUUUUUUUCAGUGUAGUAAAACAAAUGGCACAUUGUCUUUCAACAGACAGUAAUAUUGUGGGUAAUUGGAGAAAUAGUGUCAGCUUCAGCUCCAGCCUGGGUGACAAUAUUGUCCUUACGUUGACAGUAUUUACUGUUCCAAGAAAAGCAGUUUUAUUAUAUCAAACAACCAAGGCUUUCAUGUGGUUUAUUGACUGAUUUACCACAGUUCAGAGUCCAAAAUCUAAUAUAUAGCAAUUGAACCACAGAGAUUUUAAAUGUACUAGUAUAUGCAUCUUAACAAUGAACUUAAGGUAGUUCUGCAUGUUUGAUAAACUGGAAGUGAUGGCGUAAUGUCAUUUUUCCAGGAAACAUAGAAUAAAGCCUGGAUUUGGGGUACAGAAAUGAAAAUCACUUUAUGAAUUAAUGGCAAUCCGUGAGUAGAUUGAUUACAAUGGUACUGUUACUAUAUUUCUAAAAUUAAUAUAUGACAUUAAAACAUCUGAGGCGUUAAAUGAUUAAAAGUAUUGUCUUAAAUUAUCUUGAAAUGUGUGGUUCACUUAAGUUUGGUCAAAUAGCUCAAAAAUAAGCACACAGAUCUAUUUUACCGUAUUAUCGACCAUAUAUUUAUUUACGUUGAUGAGAAAUUUCAUUAAAAUCUACAUUCUAUAAAAAUUUAUAUUCACGAAAAUGUUAUGAAAGUUGUGAUUUUCCCAAAGACUCCCAUUAUGAGAAAAUGCGUGAGGUCCAAAUUUUUCAAAUCAGUCUAGCAAAAAAACAAGCACACGACCCUAUCAUUUUUAUUUGCUGAAUUUUCUAAGUAUAUUCUGAAAUUUUGAAAAAUCAGGGUUAAAUCAAAUUCUGCAUUGUAGAAAAUUCUUUGAUCCAAAUGUGCAGAACGUCUCUCUUUGUUUAAAUGACAAUCAAGUACACUCAUGUUAGAAUCAUAUACUACUGUACCAAUAAAACAAUUCAUCUUUGCAGAAAUGUUUUUAACAACUGUUCUAACUGUACAGUUUUGUUUUUGUUGAAACAUUUUAUAUCUGUGUCAAAUAUUAACAUAAUAAUUAUUUCAGUGAAAAUUGAACACAAGAUUGAAUGAUCAUACAUUUUGAAUAAAACGUAAAAAUGAUAGCAAUCAGAAUAAAAUUCAUUAAACUAUAACAGUUACAAUAAGAUUACACUAACAUGAAAAGUCAUGUAAUGAGUGCGUCAUUGUGCUGGCACCUGUGCAGUAAUUAGUGUCUUCUGAAAUAUUAAAUAACUUCUUAUGCCUCCGCCAUAAAAUGGGGUGGGGGGGGGGGGUCAGUGCAUAUAGUGUUACCCCUGUCCGUGUGUGUUUGUGUGUUUGAGAAAGGGUGGUGUUCAUGUCCGGGCCAUAACUUUGACAUGCAUGGUCCGAUUUCAGAAUAGUUUGACACAUAUGAUAAGCAUGGAUAGAUGAUGUGUCUUGCGCAAAACCAUUUCACUAGCUCAAAGGUCAAGGUCACAGUCCUUGGUUGAACAUAGCCAAUUUUCACAAUUUUCGCAAAAAGUGAAUAAGUCCUUCUUUAAGUCAAUGCAGUUAUCCACUUCUUGCGUUGAGGUGACGAUGUGGUCUUUGUGUCCGGUCCAUAACUUUGACAUGCAUGGUUCGCUUUCAAAAUAAUUUGACACAAAUGAUAAGCAUGGAUAGACGAUGUGUCUUACGCAAAAUCAUUUCACUAGCUCAAAGGUCAAGGUCACAGUCCUUGGUUGAACUUAGUCCACUAGCUCAAAGGUCAAGGCUACAGUCCUUGGUUGAACUUAGCCAAUUUUCACUACAUAUACAAAAUACUUAAUUUUCUGUUUUUCCUAAAAAAUUUUUUUUUGUAAAUAAAUAUGGCCAAGUUUGUAAACAGUACCAUGCCUGUGACCUUUCUCAUGUUGCGGGGGCAUGCGUGUCUAUGACACAUUUCUAGUUUAGCAAUACUUUGCAGUAGAAACGUAUACAUUAUGAUUUACAUCAUUCUGUGUGUUUAAGAUGAACUGCAGUCAUAAGGACCCUCAAUACUGAUGCACUUCCUGUGACUAUUUGAUUGUUUGCAUAAACUUUAUUCAUUUAACCUGCCAACUAUUACAUCAGCGUAUUAAUAGUGUGAAAUUAUUAAUAUUCAUGUGGGACUAAUUUUCAUUGAUUUCACGGUUGCAUUAGUCCUAGAAAUUUAAUCCCAACAAACAGUUAUUCACGUCCCAACGAAAUACUAGUAACCAUUUUUGACGAAACCACAAAAUUUUAUACCCAUGAAGUAAAAUGAUUCCACAGUAUUCUGUUAGGACAGUUUGACUUGUAGUAUACUGUAAAAGCACAUAUUUUUGCUGGGUCAAAAUUUUGCAAUUUUGAAAAUUUGAGUUUGUUCGCGAGGUUUAACAUUUACGAAAUUGUAAAAAUGGUGUCAUACUUGAAUUUGAAUUACAUGACAUGUAAUUAUAUAUGUAAUACAUUGUAUACUAAUGGUGAAUAUUUACUUGAGGAUUAAUGUUCGUGAGAUAAAGGGCCUCUGGAAUAUAGCGAAAAUUAAACCCUCGCGAAAAUUACUGCUUUUACAGUAUGUAUAAGGAAUAAACUGUAGCUAUUCAGACUGCAAGAAGACUUUGUACCAGAUUUAUACAUUGAUGCUUAACAUAUGUACUACAGUGUGUGUUAUGAAUUUUGUCUCCUUGUAAGUUGUUACAGAAUAUUCUAAUCUCCAUUAAUCAGGGAAAUGUUUUGUAUUAGUUUCUUGGUUUUAUGUUAAAAUAUAGAUUGGAAACAAUUUCCCAGUGAUUGUUAAACAUUGUUACACUGUUAUGAUAUAAAGAAUUUAUUUUAUUUA